AUGCAGGUGCUUACCAAGCGCUACCCCAAGAACUGCCUGCUGACUGUCAUGGACCGGUACUCAGCUGUGGUGCGCAACAUGGAGCAGGUGGUGAUGAUCCCCAGCCUUCUGCGGGACGUGCAGCUGAGUGAGCACAGGGGCCCGGCUGAGCCUGGGACCCCUGAUCUCUACACCUACUUCACCAUGCUUAAAACCAUCCGCGUGGAUGUGGACCACGGGCUGCUGCCACGGGAGGAGUGGCAGGCCAAGGUGGCAGGUGAAGCCGAUGAGUCAGAGAACGAAGCUGCAGAGAUAGAGGAGGCUGAGGACGAGAGGGCCUCAGAGGAGCUGGAUCUGGAAGCCCAGUUCCACCUGCACUUCUCCAGCCUGCAUCACAUCCUCACCCACCUCACCAUGAAAGCUCAGGAGGUGACAAGGAAAUACCAGGAAAUGACGGGACAGGGCCUGUAG